CGCGUUCGUCCAAUCUUGCGUUGAGAGAGAGAGCGAGGGAUUCACGCUCAUGUGAGCCGCACGCACGCACCCACACAAUACCGCCCGUCAAAUGCGUGAAACCGAAUCGAGUGUACGUUGCCGAUUGAACUAAACGAGCGGCGGAGGCUUUUCUUCAUCAGUCAAGUGCGUUCGCCAGCGCCGAACAGUUUGUUCCGCUCUACCAUAUAUUAUAUAUACUUUACCUACUCGUCCCUCUUUCCCUGCUGCACUCUCGCUCUCUCCGAUUAUUAUUAGCGCCGAUCCCUCAUUUCGCCGAGCAGUCACGGACCAGCUGGUUUUUCACUCGGCGGGUCGCCUCUCCAAACAUUUUCCGACCCAUUGUCUUCUCCGUCUGGGGAACAUACGUGUUUCGGGAAUUCCGUGCGUUAGAAGUACACGUACGCUUGAACGGAGAGGAUCGAGUUUUUUUUUCUUUUUUUGCCUCUUUCGACAAAACUUUGACGAAAUUCCUCGUGUGCUUCCGCCCCAGGAAUAUUUAUAGGGGUCUCGAAGAGGAAUCCAGCUAUCGAGCGGGCACCGUCACGUGGGCUCGCCAGAACACUCUUUCGCCGAGUCACGGUUAAAUUUACUAGGCUGGACAACGUCUUUACGACUAAGCUGGGCACGCUGGCGCAAAUUCACCGAAAUGUGUCCCCUCACUCGUGUCGACUAAAGCUGACCGAUAUCGGACCAUCGGAACAGACGCUUCCACAAGUCGAUCCUGUGCUCGAUUUUUUGCGAGUACCGGGGGACUGCGUAAUCAGGCUGCAGCGAACGCGACAUGGUCGCGUAUCCCGUCUCGGCGAACGAAUCUGCCGUGUUGACCGACGCGGAGGAAGGGCCAGCGGUUGAGGUGGUGGCAGCAGCGUACGACACCCAAGACAAGGAAGGGCCAUCCGUGGCGGCGGAUCACCAAGAAACAACCCAACAAAACCGAGACGAUAAGACUGAUAGGAAAAUGGCACCCGGCAAGGACAGCGUCGUCCUGACUUUGGGCGUCGCCGAUGCAAAGGGCGCGGACAAAACCGGACUGGACUUACCGUCCGUCGAGGGCAUUACCAUCCAGGCGGAUAACGCCGCCAUUGUCAAAAAGAUCGCAGCCGGACUCAAGUCCUGCGGCAAAGACACCAGCGACAAGAGCUCAGAAAUCGGUUCGCUGUCGAGCGGCAGCUCGAUCGUCACCAUUUGCUCGGUGGCCAACUCCGAGCCGAAACCGGACGACAAUGCGACCAGUUGCAGCGGCGACGGGGGCGACGACCCCGAAGCACCACCACCACCACCAGCGAUCAAACAAAAAAAGAGGAGGCGACUCAUCACCGAGGAGACCUGGUACCACACGGGACUGCAGAUCUCGGUGCCGUUCUUCAUCGCUGGGAUCGGCACCAUUGGCGCCGGUCUCGUUCUGGCGAGGGUCAAGGACUGGGACGUGUUCCAACAAGUAUCCCAGAUCUUCAUCCUCGUGCCGGCGCUCUUGGGCCUCAAGGGCAACCUGGACAUGUGCCUGGCCUCGAGGCUGAGCACGCAGGCCAACCUGGGCAACAUGAAGGGCUACCGCGAGGUCGUCAAGAUGAUCAUCGGCAACAUAGCCCUCGUCCAGAUCCAGGCUAUCGUAGCCGCGAUGCUGGUCGCGCUGUUCGCCACAGCCGUUGGCGCGGCCAUGGACAACAAGUACUCCUGGGACCACACGCUGCUACUCGUCGCGUCGAGCGUGUGCACCGCCACCAGCUCCUGCUUCAUACUAGAUUUCGCCAUGGUCGCGGUGAUAAUGGGCUCGCACCGGCUGAGGAUGAACCCCGACAACCUGGCCACCCCGCUGGCAGCGUCGAUCGGCGACGUCGUGUCCAUCAGCGUCCUGUCCACCAUCGCCUCGGCCCUCUUCAAUCGCCUCGAGCACGACAUCUGGAUCCUCUACGUGAUCGUCAGCGCCUUCCUCGUCAUGCUGCCCAUCUGGAUAAUCAUCGUUUUGAAGAACAAGUACACGAGAAACGUGCUCACUUCGGGCUGGAUUCCCGUCAUAACCGCGCUCUUCAUCAGCGGUCUCGGUGGCUUGAUCCUGGACAAGGCGGUGGACAGCCUCAACGGCUUCGUGAUCUUCCAACCGAUCGUCAACGGAAUCGGCGGUAACCUGGUGUCCGUCCAAGCAUCCAGGAUCUCGACAAUGUUGCACCAGUCCACGCUCGUUGGGAUCCUGCCACCCUGGACCAAGACUUGGGUCUCGCCCUGGACGGCACUGUUCCACGGAGCGCCAUCUGCUAAAACAGCCAGGCUACUGAUCGCGAUGUCCAUCCCCGGACACGUGGCGUUCUCCUUUGCCGCGGACUACAUACAGUGGAGCCGCUCGACGAUUCACGUUUACUUCAUGCUGGCUUAUUUGACGGUGACGGUCCUCCAGGUGAUUUUGCUGCUGUACGUCGCGCACAUAAUGAUCCACGUCAUGUGGAAGUACAAGAUAGACCCCGACAACUCAGCCAUACCGUACUUGACUGCCCUGGGCGACCUCAGUGGUUCCCUUCUCUUAGCGGCGGCCUUCCUGUUUCUCCAGCAGAUCAACCAUCCGUACCAGAACUAAUUACAAGAUGAUGACCUUCGCUCGAACGAAUUGCAAAACAAAUACUCGAUUUUACAGGAGUGCUAGUGCAGUGUCGCACAGGAAUAUGGUCUAUAGCACAGUGAUUUUAGCGUAUUGUUUUUUUUUUUUUUUUUAAUUUUUUUUUAAAUUUAGAUAGUACGAGCACAAUAGUCGUCGCUGUGAUAAGCUGCGCUCAAAAUACGCCUCGACGAGCUCUAUCUUCACUACAGAUUAGGAACGAAAAUAACCGAGUAUUAGCAAGUUGUGCUACGCGUAUGAAGAUGUUUUUAUUCUCGUUACAUGUCCAGCAAACAAAAAUGCAAUUAAUUGUACUUUUUUUUUUUUUUUUUUUUUUUUUCACUUCUGCGUUUACCAUGAUUUUAUCACUACUCGACAUAAUAUCGCGCCUUGGGCGUUUUUUACCAUUUAGACGCAAUUAAGAUAAACAUGGACAGUUCACCUGAUUUUCCAAAGUCAAAGAGUUGAUUAACGGUCUCGGAGGCUAGUAGACGCACCAGAGCACAUGUACGAGUGUACUGUGCCGCCGUUGCUGUGACUAAGCAACGGCUCGUCGAAACUUAUUAGCGAAGAUCAAAAACUGCUAUACUUGUUUUGUAUUUUAACAAAAAUGACCAUAAAAUUAAGCGGCACCCACGUUAUUGCGUUACAGUAGAAUUUGAACAACAAGUUGCGAUAGCUAUUGUGAUUCAUCGGUGGCAAGAGUCAAAAUAAACGUAUAGAACCGUUAGCUCUUGGUGUAACAUACAUGCGUGUAUAAGUAAGGUGGGACCGCUGAAAUGGAAAAGGUAGAUAAAAUGAGAAACAAAGUUUGCACCAAUUGUGUAAAUAUGAUAGACAAAUAGCCGAUACUGCAAACACAUGUGUGUGUGUGUGUGUACAUGUGCCCUAGACAUAACGGGAAGUGCUCUUUUUUUUAUUCUGCUUUGUGUUUUUUAAAAAUUAAACUACAUAUAUAAUAUACCAUAAGCAUUUGUCCACGUUUUAGUUGAGAGCACACUUACCGUUUGUAUCGCGUGUCGAGGCGCAAAUUAAUUUUUGCUCGUGAUAUUAAUUUGUUGUUUUGGUGCAUCAUGCGUGUGUUGUUUAUUCUCUUACAAACGGUACAUGCAUGUUUGACAUUGUAGGAAUUAAUAAUUUUACCAUUUGAAUUAUUGCGUGCUUUAGUGAAUUUUCAAAUUAUUGUUGUUGUGGCUAGUAAUUUUUUUUCUUUUUUUUUCUUUUCAUAAAUCGCUCGCAAUUUACUGCGUCGUAGCGAUAAAUUAAUUUUUAUUAAAUUUUAGUUAGAAUGAAAUAGUGCUUUUGGCGCAAAUUAUGUUUUAACCAAUGACUCGAUGACGCUUGUCACGGUCGAGAUCAGAAAUUCCAAUGUGUUGUCUGAUCUCAACGAUUAUUGUUUGUUUUAGCAAUUAUUCAUAAAUUAUUGUAGUGAAUCAUUGUUUUAUCGUACGAUAAAAUGAUAGAAAUAACAAGGAGUUGACGAAAACUCGUAAUUUCAUUAUUUACUUUUAUUAAAAUACGAUGUUGUAGGUAGUAAAAAGAAAUAUUUGUUCGGAGAAACCACAUUACGUUUCUCUCUUCUUUUAGCUCGCAUAAUCCUUAGGAAAUUUGUAAUUUUAAGUUUACAAAUGUUUUAGCCAAGUGUUAUCGUUGCUGUCUCAUUUUAACCGCUUGAAACGACCAAACAAAAAUAUUUCCACGAAACAAUCCAAACGACCACGAAAAAAGGCGCACCAUUUGUCAGUAUUAUCGAUCCAAUACACAUUUUAUCGAAAAACAUGUACACCGAAAUAGCAUCGGAAAAACAAACAAAUAAAUAAAUAAACAAAUAAAAUUGA